CGCCCCAAAUCGGAAGUGACGGAGACGAGCUAGCGCGUCGAAGCUACCUCUAUGGUUUUCCUCUCGUUCUCGAGUCGGGAAAUGGCCGCUGUGUAGUUACAACGGAGAUAAAUCCCGGGAGCCGUGCUUCGGCGUAUUAGGAAUUUGAAUUUAGAGUUUAAUUUCUCAGAACCUUCUCUUCAGGAAGAACUGUACAAUAUCUCAAAGACUAUACUGACUUCUUGCUUAAAACCCAAGGUUGUGUAUUUGCUUCUUCCACUUCUAUAAAAACUUCUACUAAUAAAGAUUCAGAACAUACAAAGCAAUUUAAAAACAAAGCAAGACAAAAAGACCCUGCUGUUUUAACCCAUCUUCCCUAAUGCAAACAAGAGGAGUUCCAUAACUUAACUUUUUCCCCCUCUACUUUGGUGUUAAGGAGAAAAGAAAUGGGUCGUUCCAAUUCUAGAUCACAUUCUUCAAGAUCAAAGUCUAGAUCACAGUCUAGUUCUCGAUCAAGAUCAAGAUCACACUCUAGAAAGAAGAGAUACAGUUCUAGGUCUCGUUCCAGGACAUAUUCAAGAUCUCGUAGUAGAGAUCGUAUUUAUUCUAGAGAUUAUCGUCGAGAUUACAGAAAUAAUAGAGGAAUGAGACGACCUUAUGGGUACAGAGGAAGGGGUAGAGGGUAUUAUCAAGGAGGAGGAGGUAGAUAUCAUCGAGGUGGUUAUAGACCUGUCUGGAAUAGAAGGCACUCUAGGAGUCCUAGACGAGGUCGUUCACGUUCCAGGAGUCCAAAAAGAAGAUCCGUUUCUUCUCAGAGGUCCCGAAGCAGAUCUCGCCGGUCAUAUAGAUCCUCUAGGUCUCCAAGAUCAUCAUCAUCUCGUUCUUCAUCCCCAUAUAGCAAAUCUCCUGUCUCUAAAAGGCGAGGGUCUCAGGAAAAACAAACCAAAAAAGCUGAAGGGGAACCACAAGAAGAGAGUCCUUUGAAAAGUAAAUCACAGGAGGAAACGAAAGAUACAUUUGAACAUGAUCCAUCUGAAUCUAUUGAUGAUUUUAAUAAGUCAGCCACAUCUGGUGAUAUUUGGCCUGGCCUUUCAGCUUAUGAUAAUAGUCCCAGAUCACCCCAUAGUCCUUCACCUAUUGCUACACCACCUAGUCAGAGUUCAUCUUGCUCGGAUGCCCCCAUGCUUAGUACAGUUCAUUCUGCAAAAAAUACCCCCUCUCAGCAUUCACAUUCCAUUCAGCAUAGUCCUGAAAGGUCUGGCUCUGGUUCUGUUGGAAAUGGAUCUAGUCGAUACAGUCCUUCUCAGAAUAGUCCAAUUCAUCAUAUCCCUUCACGAAGAAGCCCUGCAAAGACAAUCACACCACAGAAUGCUCCAAGAGAUGAGUCUAGGGGACGUUCCUCAUUUUAUCCUGAUGGAGGAGAUCAGGAAACUGCAAAGACUGGAAAGUUCUUAAAAAGGUUCACAGAUGAAGAGUCUAGAGUAUUCCUGCUUGAUAGGGGUAAUACCAGGGAUAAAGAGGCUCCAAAGGAGAAAGGAUCAGAGAAAGGGAGGGCAGAGGGAGAAUGGGAAGAUCAGGAAGCUCUAGAUUACUUCAGUGAUAAAGAGUCUGGAAAACAAAAGUUUAAUGAUUCAGAAGGGGAUGACACAGAGGAGACAGAGGAUUAUAGACAGUUCAGGAAGUCAGUCCUCGCAGAUCAGGGUAAAAAUUUUGCUACUGCAUCUCAUCGGAAUACUGAGGAGGAAGGACCCAAGUACAAGUCCAAAGUUUCACUGAAAGGCAAUAGAGAAAGUGAUGGAUUUAGAGAAGAAAAAAAUUAUAAACUUAAAGAGACUGGAUACGUAGUGGAAAGGCCUAGCACUACAAAAGAUAAGCACAAGGAAGAAGACAAAAAUUCUGAAAGAAUAACAGUAAAGAAAGAAACUCAGUCACCUGAGCAGGUAAAAUCUGAAAAGCUCAAAGACCUCUUUGAUUACAGUCCCCCUCUACACAAGAAUCUGGAUGCACGAGAAAAGUCUACCUUCAGAGAGGAGAGCCCACUUAGGAUCAAAAUGAUAGCCAGUGAUUCUCAUCGUCCUGAAGUCAAACUCAAAAUGGCACCUGUUCCUCUUGAUGAUUCUAACAGACCUGCCUCCUUGACUAAAGACAGGCUACUUGCUAGUACACUUGUCCAUUCUGUCAAGAAGGAGCAAGAAUUCCGAUCCAUCUUUGACCACAUUAAGUUGCCUCAGGCCAGCAAAAGCACUUCAGAGUCAUUUAUACAACACAUUGUGUCCUUGGUUCAUCAUGUUAAAGAGCAAUACUUCAAAUCUGCUGCAGUGACCCUAAACGAGCGAUUCACUUCGUAUCAGAAAGCCACUGAAGAACAUAGUACCCGACAAAAGAGCCCUGAGAUACACAGGAGAAUCGACAUCUCUCCAAGUGCCCUGAGGAAGCAUACCCGUUUAGCAGGGGAAGAGAGAGUUUUUAAAGAAGAAAAUCAGAAGGGUGAUAAAAAAUUAAGGUGUGACUCUGCUGAUCUUCGGCAUGACAUUGAUCGCCGUAGAAAAGAAAGAAGUAAAGAACGGGGGGAUUCCAAGGGCUCCAGGGAAUCCAGUGGAUCAAGAAAGCAAGAAAAAACUCCAAAAGAUUACAAGGAGUACAAAUCUUACAAAGAUGACAGUAAACAUAAAAGUAGAGAGCAAGAUCAUUCUCGAUCUUCGUCCUCUUCAGCAUCACCUUCUUCUCCCAGUUCUCGAGAAGAAAAGGAGAGUAAGAAGGAAAGAGAAGAAGAAUUUAAAACUCACCAUGAAAUGAAAGAAUACUCAGGCUUUGCAGGAGUUAGCCGACCACGAGGAACCUUUUUUCGAAUUAGAGGCAGAGGAAGAGCCAGAGGAGUUUUUGCUGGGACAAAUACUGGUCCAAACAACUCAAAUACUACUUUUCAAAAGAGACCGAAGGAAGAGGAAUGGGAUCCAGAAUAUACCCCAAAGAGCAAGAAGUACUUCUUGCAUGAUGACAGAGAUGAUGGUGUGGAUUAUUGGGCCAAAAGAGGAAGAGGUCGUGGUACUUUUCAGCGUGGCAGAGGGCGCUUUAAUUUCAAAAAAUCAGGUAGCAGUCCAAAAUGGACUCAUGACAAAUACCAAGGGGAUGGAAUUGUUGAAGAUGAAGAAGAGUCCAUGGAAAAUAAUGAAGAAAAGAAGGAAAGACGCAAAGAAGAAAAGGAAUAGUGUAUCUGAAGUAAAUUGGCAACAGAGAGCAGAACUUGCACCCACCAUUUUUUUUUUUUUUUACCUGAUUUUUGUUUUCAGAUAAGAAUGUAAGCAUUUUACUUAAAUUUUACUGUUUGCAAGUAGUCUGUAGAAAUUUUGUUUUAAGUCUUCAAAUAUCUUGAAAAAUAGUAGACUGUAUGUUGAAAAUUGUACUGAAAUAAAGUAGAAAAUUGUUAACGUACCAUAUUUGUAACUAUCAACUUUUAAAAAAAAACUUUUACUGUUUUUGUUACAUGCAUUGUAAUUCUGCUUUGUCUAUAAGAUAUGGUCAAGUACAACUCUGUGAAAGUUCUGAUUCUCUUUCUUCCCUGUUUGUUAAUGUUUUAUUCUGAAGUAAACGUUAGCUCUACAUACAAAUCCCUGAACAGAAAUUGUUUAUAGUGACCACACUAAUUAUUUUAACUGUAUACAUCUGUUUAACAUCUUCCUUAAUUUGAACACUACAUUGUAGGGUGGCUAACUUUUGAUGUAUACCAUAAAGUUGUUACUUCGGUAAACUAUGCUAGUUUAACACUUCAGCAAAUGUUUAAAGAAGGUAGGAAAGCUUUGCCAGUGACUAAAAAGUACAAACUAUUAAAAGUUAGAUUGAAAGGUUUGAGAAAAUAUUAUUUUUACUGAAAGCAAGCAGUGGCCUAUAAAAACAUUCUUAUGAGCCUUUCCUAAUUUAGUUUAAAAUUCAUUGUUUUCUUUUGAUUCUUAUUUGAUAGUUUGAGUCAUGGUCUUAGAUUUCAGCUAUUUGAGAGGACACUGGUUUGUAAUAUUGCAAGUAAAACCCCCGAGUCCCACAGAAUAUCUUAGUAUUAAAGGAAAACAAACAACAAAACCUGUAAUCCUGGUGUUGGUGUGGAGGAGGAUUAUCCUGCAGAAUAAAUUUGAUGCAUCAGUAUAUGAUUUCACAGCUUAAAUAUUUAUUUGUGCUUUUGAACAGCUGAAAAUUAGUUUGUAGUAUAACCAUAAGAAAAUAGACACAGCAUAUUGUUCAUUGGUACUUUAACUUGUUUUUCUAAUGUCACCAAUAAAAGGUUUUGGCAGUGUUGUAGCAUUGAUAUAACUUGGUUUUUAUUUUAUAUUUUCCCCCCCUUUUCAGUUGCAGUUUGUAAAAUGAUUUUUUAUUUUACCUUCCAAGGGUUCUAUGCUUCAGGUUGAGAUGAUCUUUUAAAUGUAAAUUAGUUUCUAUGUUUAUGUUAAUAGCUUUUUAAAGGAAUGAAAAUCUGAAAUGAGUGAACUUCAGCAUUGUUUUUGUUUUUUAAACAUAAAGCUAAGCACAUUUCAUUUUAAUUCAGCCACUGAAUUAGUUGUAUAUGUUUGCAUUUAAAGAAGAUAAUGCUUCUGUUGUAAAAUUUUAAAGAUCUUAAGUGUGUGGCUCUUUCAUCCUCAAUUUUGAUGAUUUGCAAUGUGUCUAGCACCUUGAUUACUGCCAGGGACAUUUGCUAAGAGCUAUUAGAAACCAAACUAAAACCAAAGUCAAUAUACAUGAUAUUUGUGGCCUAAAAUCCUUAGUAUUGCAUGAUUUCUCACUUUAAUUUUGUCUUUCUGAAAUUGUCUAGUGAAACAGGAAAUGUCUGCUUAAGUAAGUUUGUGUUGGUAAAAUCAGGAUAUAACUAAUAAUCUUCUAUUUAGCAUAGCGCUUAUUAAAGCAACAUGGAUUUGAUCCCCCAACAGAAUUUUCAUGACUGUUCUGUUUUGUACAAAUACAUACAACUUUUAUUUUGACUUUUAUUUCAUUCGACACUGAAUCCCUCUUUAUAAUUGUGUGGUUUUGCUUUUCUACUUAGAACAAUAGAGAAAAUGGGAUGUGCUGAGAAAUUACUGAAUAGGGAGAUAAAUGAAAUUGAAAAUAAAACUGCUUAAGUCCUAUGGGCAGGUUACAUUCUAAGUGCAAAUGCAUUGCUUUAAUCUUUAGUUACUUUUAUUAUCUCAAAGGAAUUUGAAGAAAAGCAUAUUCUACCAGAAUAUAGGAGGAUAGGGUGAUUGUGAGAACUCUGCCAUAGAACACCGUUAUGGAUGUUUAUUUUUUUUUCAGAGC